UGGGAAAAAAACGAGCCAUUGUGUUGUCUUCUCUUGGUCGAGACGGUCCAAAAUGCAGCAGCUGCUGAUCCUGCCUGUCCUCCUGACAUCCUUCUGGACUCUGUGCUCAGGAGCCGGAGACUGGUGCUACGUUUCCCAGUUCACCUGUGAGCAUAAAUGCAAGGCACCAGAAGAGUGGAGCACUGCCAAUACCGAUUGUGCAGGAAGGCGCCAGUCCCCCAUCAACAUCGUCACCAAAAAGACGGUGAAAGAUGAGCGUCUUACUCCUCUACAGUUCAGCAACUACCAGCAGAUCUUCAGAAGCUCCAUCUUGAACAACGGCCACUCAGUUCAGGUGGGGAUUCCUCACCUCAGCACCAUCUCCGGUGGACAGCUGCUGGGUACCUACAAGGCCGUGCAGUUCCACCUGCACUGGGGCUCCAAUGGAGGACCGGGCUCUGAGCACACCAUCGACGGGGAGCAAUAUCCCAUGGAGCUGCACAUCGUGCACAUGAAGAGCCAGUACAGUGAUUUGAAAACGGCGCUGAGUGAUACAGAGGGCGUUGCUGUGCUUGGAUUUUUCUAUGAGAAAUCCAACAGUCCAAACCGAAAGUAUGAUCCCAUCAUCAAUGCUCUGAGAAAUGUAAAAGCUACAAAUGGAAACACGACUCUGCCUGCCAUCUCUCUGGCACAGCUGAUCCCAUCUGAGCAGAAUAUGACCUCUUACUAUCGUUACAAGGGUUCUCUGACCACGCCGGGGUGCGCUGAGGCGGUGGUUUGGACCGUGUUUGAAAACCCCAUCCUUCUGAGCAUCGAGCAGCUGAUGGCUUUCUCCGAGCUUCAGUUCCAUGAUAACAAGCCGAUGACGGGAAACUUCCGGCCCGUCCAGCCCCUCAACGGCCGGCAGGUGUACCGCUCGGGCGGUACCGCGGUCCUGGUCAGUUCUGCCCUCCUGGCGGCGGCUCUCGCCACGGCGUUGGGACUGUCCCGACCCAACUAGAGCGAGGCAUCCCGCGCUGCACUGCGACAACCCAAAAAGUUCUGCACCAACCUUCAGCCGAGUCCUGGUUUCCAAACAUCUCCUUCAUGCGGUUGCUAAGACGAUGGGGCGCGUUGCAGUGCAGGGAUCACUCACUGGUGUUCCUCCCUUACGACACAGAUGACAAAGGUGUUCAAGGAAGGCCUUAUGAAAGGUGUUGUAAGGGUUUGACCAGCAUUCAUGCAUGUGUAGUGAAGCAGUAAGUCUUAUUUCAGCAAUAUGAAUGUGCCAUACAACAGGUUACCAGGCACUCAACCACUCAACACCAGAUCCCUUAGUCAUACUAUCGGUUUUUUAUGACUUCAAUGUAAACACAAAGACACCCACGUCACACAUCUGUAGCACACAUAGAGUCUCACCCACCUUAGUCAAUGUCAGGUUAGUUUAAUGUCUGUCAAGCCAGAGGGAGAUGCCAGUGGUUUGGCUCUGAGUGCAGAUACCGGCCCCAUGAUCUGGCACGGUGAUGUGUCGCGCUCAACAGAGCUUAUUAACGGCACAGAGUUAUAAAUAGAUGAGCUGAGUCACAUAAAAACAAGCUCAAUUUCAAUACCAGCGGUCAAAGGAGUCAGCAGUUUGGCAAUUUCUUUCAAAGUCCAUCAGCACACAGUGAUCUGGUCAAGCAAGCAGGCAGCUGCAGGCUGAAGCUUUGCAGUUCCUCUCCUGGCAUCCACCGUUCACUCGAGCAAACCCAUGACGAACAACUGCGUGGUGUUCUGAGAGCCAAACUUGCAGCCUCGCUCCUCACAGAGUCACCUCAGGCAACGAUGAGAUAGCUGCAGUGAGUCACCGAGAGAGUGACAGCCCGCCUGCAGCGCGAGGGUGCCGUCAACGCAUCUUCACAACCAUCAGUCAUCACUUUCAUGCAUCUCGCACAACUCGCAUGGAUCCCCCUGUGUCUUGAUGUUUCAGAUGUUUAGUAUAAGCUAUACUUCCAUCCCUGAUGGAGUCAAAAACAGAGCCUGCCAAACCCCCCCCCCCACACACACACACAUCUCAAUCGCUCUGUUUUCCCUGAGUCGCCCCUGGAAUCUCACUAAGCAUUUUGUAAGAACAUUCGACUGUGUUCGUGGUUUCUAGCACAAGCUUUCAGAUGCACUGAAUGUUUUCGACUGUGAACUGCACCCCGCCGAGUUCUUGCUCAUUUAUUCAGGGGAACUUGUUGUGUAUUCUUGUGAGAAAUCAGUGCAAUUUUGCAGGAUUUGAUGUUACGACUGACCAAGUAUUCUGUAUAUUUUCCAUUGUUUCAUAACACAUCGAGUUAUAUUUCUAGGCUGUGUAAUUGUACACGUAUAUUUAUGUACUGAAUGUGUAUAUUGAUAUGAGAUGCACAGUUAUUGUUAUUUAUGUAUUGCAAAGUUUAUACUGAAUGCAAACACGUAUAUGAUGCAUCGACUUGCUCAUGACCAAUAGAGUUUACUUAUGAUGUUCAAGUGUAUGAGACUGUCGGGUUGUAAUGCUUGAAGUUGUCAUAAAUAAUGUAGAGAAUGUGUUCCAGUUGAACAAUAAACUACAUGCCUUUUUA